AUGUCCCCCAUACUGGGAGUCCUCACCGCUCUGCUCCUGUGCUCCCCGGGUUCCGGGGUCCCCCUGUCCGCUCACACCCCCCCUAUCCCGCUGGACUACACCUGGAAGAAUGUCACCUGUACGGCCUGCAAGGCGCUCUUCACCGCCCUGGACAUCAGCCUGCAGCUGGAGAGUAACAUGGAUCUGGUGGCGUCGGUGGCGGUGAGGGUGUGUCAGACUUUGCACCUGGCGGAGCCCAGUGUCUGUGAACAGGCGGUCCAGCUCUUUAAGGAGGACAUGAUCACGGCGUGGGUCCUCUCCGUGCUGCGCCCCUCCGAGGUCUGCGGCCUGCUCCUGGGCACUGAAUGCGGCCACUGGGAUUUAGGUUCGGACUGGAAUAUCACUCUGCCGGCUGUGCCCAAACCCCCAGUACAGCCACCCGUUCCCCCGCCGCCGGGGUCUCCGGUCUCCCGCGUCCUUUUCCUGACGGAUGUCCACUGGGACCACGGCUACUACCCGGGGGGCCCGAUUACCUGCAAGGAGCCCCUAUGCUGCAGGGACCACGCAUCAGGAGGAGGCCACGGGUCGGCUGGGUACUGGGGGGAAUACAGCAAGUGCGACAUUCCUCUGCACACCAUCGAGUCUCUUCUGCGCCAUGUAGCCAGCAGCGGCCCCUAUGACCGGGUCUACUGGACAGGAGACAUACCGGCCCACAAUGUAUGGGAGCAGACCAGGGCCGAGCAGCUGAACGCCCUGAAGACCAUUACUGGGCUGAUCAAGAAGUACCUGGGCCCGGUGCCGGUCUAUCCUGCUGUGGGAAACCAUGAGAGCGCGCCUGUCAAUAGCUUCCCACCUCCCUCGGUGCACGGAAACCUGUCCUCCAGCUGGCUGUACCAGGCCAUGGCCAAGGAGUGGAAGGAAUGGCUCACCCCGGGAGCUCUGGAGACACUCAGCACGUUUGGCUUCUACACGGUGAAGAUCGGUCCCGGCUUGAGACUGGUGUCCCUCAACAUGAACUACUGCGCCAGCGAGAAUUUCUGGCUCCUCAUCAAUUUCACGGACCCCGCCGGGCAGCUGCAGUGGCUGGUGGGAAUCCUGCAGGAGGCAGAGGACAACCAUGAGAAGGUCCAUAUCAUUGGUCACAUCCCGCCAGGCCUAUGUCUGAAGAGCUGGAGCUGGAACUACUACCGGAUUGUCAAUAGAUACGAAGGCUCCAUCGCUGGCCAGUUCUUCGGGCACACUCACCUGGACGAGUUCGAGAUCUUUUAUGAUGAAGAGACCCUCAGCCGUCCCCUCUCCGUGGCCUUCAUUGCACCCAGCGUGACCACCUUCAUCGACCUCAACCCAGGUUUCCGCGUCUACCAGAUCGAUGGCCAAUAUCCAAACAGCUCCCACGUUGUGUUGGACCACGAGACCUACAUCCUCAACCUGACCGAAGCCAACAAGAAAAAGGAGGAGCCGCAGUGGACUCUCCUGUACAGCGCCCUCAGCACAUAUGGGAUGAAGUCGGCCUAUCCGGCAGAUUGGGAGGACCUGCUAAGCAGAUUCCUCCAGGACGAAAGACUCUUCCAGACUUUCUGGUUCCUCCAUCACAAGGGUCACGUGGGAGAGGUAUGCGAGCAAAUGUGUAAGAGGACUGUCAUAUGUAUCCUUCGCACUGGCCGGGCCGGUGAUCCUCAGCUGUGUAAGGAUUUGGGACUGGAUGGGAAACCUACCUGGAAGCGGAAGUCUCUUUGCUGAAGUUGCAGCUUCCAG